CCCGAGUAUAAUAUGCGGACGAUAUCCUGUGUCUCCCAAGGCCCCUAUCAUCCUUGGAUUGACUCUGUUUGAGCGACCAACGGGCUGCCCAGAGUACCCUCCCCUUUUCGUUUGCUCCCAUCUCAGCAUCUUAUCGCGACGUUGACUGGCCUACCGGAGUCAGCUGUGAUCAACGGCCGCUGGCACGGCACGGCACGGCACGGCGCGAGCCACUCGGUGCUUGAAGUGACUGAUACCAAGGAGAUUCGUGUUCAGUCACUCACUGUCUAUGUUUGCCCAUAUAUGAGUGUCUCCUCCCAUCUACGGGAAACACAGUCCAGCAUGGCAUCUCUGGCGCUGCCUGCAAGCAACCCUGGGACAUCUUCGUCAAUACUUGCACCGUUUCCUGAUUCUAUCCACGCGUGGAUCGCUUCUCCCAUAAGCUCAGGCGAGAUGGGGUCCUUCUAUGAUGUUAUCUGUCGAUGCAACAAGUUUGAAGAGGCGAAGAGCGCAGCCAUGUGGGAGUUUGCCGUCCUAGACAACUCUGUCCCAGUUGGAUAUAUGCUUCCGGAACAUGUCGCCGAGAUUAGAUGGGACAAUACAAGCUUCCAUGUCUCCAAGUCCAAGCGCAAGAUACACCUGGAUCCGGUCGUCAAGCCGGGCGACGACGUUGUCGAAAUAUGCCGCCGCGAAUUCAUAACCUUAUGCGAGAGAAACGUCGACAAUCUCAAUGGCUGCUUCAGAAAGUGGCUCAGAAAAAGAUCAGACUUUCACCCAAUCCGCGGCCUUGAUGUAAAGCUAGCUGGAUUGGUGAUCCCUUCGCCUGCCAGGGGAAUCUUUGGCAUUGUCACCACGGGUGUUCACAUGAACAUGUUUACCGUCAGGAAUGGCAGGAUCCAUGUGUGGGUUUCGAAGCGCUCUCAAAACGUCACUUAUGCUAGAAAGCUCGACCAAUUGGUUGCGGGAGCGAUGGACCCGGCAGACAACAUGGAACCUCUGGUGACGCUCAGGCGUGAAGCCAUGGAAGAAGCAGGGCUUUUGGUCGACACUGCCACGAACAUGGUAACUUGGAACAGCACCCAUGUCGGUAGAGUCACGGCCGAAUCGAUGAUUUCAUUCUAUGACCAAAAGGACCAUAUUGCCGGCAGUGAAGAGGGCCAUGUUGAACCGGGGAUCCGAUACACCUAUGACCUGGAGGUUGGCCCCGAUUUUGUCCCGUACCCUCAGGAGCCGGAGUCCAUUGAUGGGUUUAUCCUGAAGCCCGUGGAAGAAGUAAAGAGGGACCUGAAGAAUGCCGAGUGGAAGCCGAACUGCGGACUUGUCAUGCUGGAUUUCUUACUCCGGAAGGGCGAGGUUAGAGAGGGAGAUGAUGAGAAUUUCGGAUUGUUGAGACGAGGCCUUGCCCGGAAAUUGCCAUUUUACAACCUGUGAAAUUUUUCGAUUGAGAUUUGCUGGAUGAAGUCCUAUGGGUGGAUUCGGUGGUACCUUCAAGAUUGGGAACAUGCCGAAGGUAUCUUGCGACCCUUUUCGUUUUGCUGUGGAAAUCUACUGGGCCGAUGUAUUUUUAACGCGCAGUUUCUGCUUGCUGCUGACUCGCUAGUUGUAAUGAAGCUUCUCUUUGGCCUUGAAUCCCUUUGUUUCACCUUGACCAUCUGUGCAUGCGCUGAUGUUGGUAGCAGGGAG